UGUAUUUCUUUCUUUCAAGGCUUUAAUCUGGACCGAUCGAUUUCGUUCUUCCUUCCUCUUCAAUUUUCCCGAUCUGGUCAAUCUGCUGCAUUUUUUCUCUAGAAUUUCAGUCGUUGAUAUCGGUCCAACUGGGUUAGCCUGCCUUCCUGCUUAACUGGAGCUAUUGCUUAAUGAAUUGAAACAAGAAAUUGGGUUAUCCAUGAACAACUGGUGUCCUCCGUCGAAGCUUUAGUUAGCAGUUUAGCUUUUUCCAUGGCAGCCCCGAGGAAUUUUUUGAUUGAGGUUGGGCGGGUUACAGACGAAGAGAAGGCAGAGGAAUCUCCUAUAAGCAAGAAACAGAUUGGCGUAAAACUUGUGGGAAGAAGGCUCUUCUUUGGGAGAUGGAAAUUCGCGGCCGCCUUAGGCGUAUUCUUGAUCUUCUUCUUUGGUCUUUUCUGCAUAUAUUUUACGAUUCCAGCUGCUCAGUAUGGUUCACUUAAGCUACCUCGAUCGAUUUCGGAUCUUCGGAUUCUCAAAGAUGAGUUAGCAACAUAUGCUGGAGCUUACCCAACAAGAUUUGUUCUUGGUUACUGCUCAAUUUACAUAUUCAUGCAGACAUUUAUGAUUCCUGGAACCAUAUUCAUGUCAUUGUUAGCUGGAUCUCUUUUUGGAGUUGUAAGAGGUCUUUUUCUGGUUGUGUUUAAUGCCACAGCUGGAGCAUCAUCUUGUUAUUUUCUAUCAAAGCUUCUAGGAAAACCUAUAGUUACCUGGUUGUGGCCUGAUAAGCUGAAAUUUUUCCAGGCAGAGAUUGCCAAGCGAAGGGAGAAGUUGCUGAAUUACAUGCUAUUUCUGAGGGUAACACCCACUUUACCCAAUCUAUUCAUCAAUUUGGCAUCUCCAAUUGUGGAUAUACCUUUUCAUGUUUUCUUUUUCGCAACGGUGAUCGGCCUUAUACCUGCCUCUUAUAUUACAGUCAAAGCUGGGCUUACAUUGGCAGAGCUGAAGUCAGUUAAAGAUCUUUAUGAUUUCAAGACAUUGUCUGUUCUUUUUCUUAUUGGAUCUAUCAUUAUUUUGCCUACCAUCCUGAAAAGGAAACGGAUAUACGAGUGAGCGUUCUUCGUUUGUUCUUCAUUCUUUCUCGAAGAGAAACCAAGAAGAUGCUGAUCUUAAAUUGUUGGAUGGCUGCAAACCGAAGACAUUUGUAAGAAAGUUUUUACAAUAAUAUGUCCUUUCUUUUUUGAUGGGUACAAAUGGAAACUAUAAAUUUUAGAAAAAGAUGUAUGGAUAGCCGAGAGUGGUAGUGAUAGACAUGGGUUAUAUUGUUUUACUAAUUUAGUUUUGGGAUUAGAAUUUUGGUUUUAUUUUGAUAAGAAUCUUGAAUUUUGUAGAAGUUUUAUAUAGACCCUUUUCAAUAUAAUGUGUU